AUGGUGAAACUUGAAAAGGUUUUCAUAGCAAAUGUUGUGCUCUUUGUGAGUGACACAAAGUGUUUAGAAAGUAUCGGAAAUGUCAAUAAAAAGUGUUUUGACGCUCUUGGAAUGGUGAGACAAUAUCCGUAUAACUUGGUAUAUAAAAGCCCAGUAGAUAUGGUGCGUGCAAUUAAAACAGUGUCUCACGUGAAAAGAAUUCUUCAUAAUUUGGAGUCUAUUUCUCUCCCAUUACAUUUGCUCGCUGUUUGUGGACCAGUCUUUGAACAUCUUCGAUUAACUCACGUGUAUAGUUUAGAUGAUAUUCCAUCGUUUUAUGGUGACAAAAUUGUAUCACUGAAAAUGACGCUUUUAAAACUCAGUGAAAUUGAUUUGACGAACUUUAUUAACUUGAAAACAGUUUGUCUUAAAUGUGAUGAAAUUCCAUAUGUGAAGUUAAUGAAGUACCAUAGAUAUUCAUUGAUCAAAUUGAUAACAAACACAGACAAUUUCUGUGAGCAAGUCACUGCUUUGAAACAAUAUGACAUUGAAAAUAUAGUUAUUGUAUAUACUUCAAAUGUGAUAUCGAACACUUCUAAAUCUUUUUUAUUAAAGAAUCCAUAUAUACAAAUGUGUAUGAAAGGUGAUAUAGAGUCUUUAACUGAACAUGUGGUGUAUCUCCAAAAUAAAAAGAAGACGUUUGUGUUCACACACAAAUUUCCAGUUUCAUCGUUUGAGUCCUUUUAUAACACUUAUCUCCCACAUUCGGUUAAUUACUCGUCUUUGGCAGAGUACAAUAAAAACGGAUUUAACCAAAUCACUUCACUCUGUUCAUUCUCUUCAAACUUCUUACCAAAAAGUGUAAAACAAUUGACUAUGUCAUCACCACUCUUCACAUUCGACAUUAAGAACUAUACAUCACUCACUGCAUUCUCUAUAGAAAAUGCAAAGUUCGCGUUUUCACUGCCAACCAAUUUGAUAGAGCUGACUUUUAUACAUUGCACACCAGGUAUCGACAUGAACGAAAAUGAAAUCAGAGGGAAGCCAGUGAAUUUCAAUAUCUACAAUUUACAUCGACUUAAAGUGUUCUCAAAUUUUGCAACAAAGUGCAAUUUCACAUCAUUUAAAAGACUCACUAACCUUACAAAAAUUUCAUUACACGGCUCACCUCUCCAUAUCGAAAAUGCAAAUAAAGUGUUUCCUUGUGGAUUAAUUCAGUUAUCAAUCGAUCAACAAACAAUUCCUCAAAAGUCGUACUUACAGGAACUCACAAUUAUCUCAACUCAGCAGUGUCCACACAAACUGAUAUGUCACACAGAACUCACGAAAUUACUUGUGAACACAAUAGCAGACAAAAACGCGUUUCCAAGUUCUCUCCAAGAACUUCACUUAAAGUGUGUUGCAAACUGUGUGAAGCACUUGGACUUAUCUGGAGAACCUUCUUUGGUCAAAAUCAACAUCUCAAGAUGCUUUGGUGAUUUAUUUAUCCUCCUUCCAGACGACUUGGAGACGCUAUACAUAGAGAACACUAAAAGGUGUUUUGUUAUAAAUCGCACACCGCCAACAGUGGAGUGUGUUGUAAUUGUUGACUCUCCUUUUGACGCUUCAAGAAUCAAUGCUAAGGUUCUUCAAAAAAUUAGAAGACAAAUAGACUCUCUCUAA